UUAAUUAACUGCAAGACUGUGAGUAGAAUAGAAUUGUGACUCUUGCUGCCAUUUUAUCUUCUUUUUGCCGCUAGCCUUUAUCCCUCCGUUGCCUGCAGGCCAGAUAUGUCCACCCCUACUCUAGUCUCGCGCUAUCCUCGCCCGCUGAGAGCCAUGCACGAAUCCUUUCAGUCGCAGCAGCAGGGAACUCAACCACUACCACCAGUUUCAUCUUACUCCUCCUCCUCCUCUACCACUGCCUCCUCCUCCGUUCCAAUCAGGUCUACUCAAAAGCACAGCCACGCGACAGAUCCACCGCAGAAUCACUCACCCGCUCAAAGAGAUUCCUUUACUGAAGAGGUGGCUGGUCUCUCACUCUCCCCUCCCUCCUCUCCUCUUCUUCCCAUGAGUGUACUGACCCCCCCUAGGAGGGCAAAUUCCCUGACGUCCCUGCUUGAUACUACGUCCCAACAGUAUCAGUUUGAAACGCAGGUCGACAUGGAUUGUGACGUUGAACACCAUCACAGAAGAUCUAACUCUCUCUCUAAUGCGGAAUCCAUCAAGAAGCUUCAUGGCUAUGUUAAUAAAAGUGAAGACCAACAUUCUCGCAGAAGUAUUGAGGGUCUUAACCAAGAGGUCUCGUCAUUCUUUGAAGGAAUGCCAGAGAUAUAUACAUCUCCCCAUCCUGAUGGUCACAUUGCACCUGUCCAGGACUCUCCUUCCACUCGGGCCACUCUUGGCCUCUCCGUGACGCCCCAGGAUGUCCCUCUCUCUCCCUCUCGGCUCUACUCCUCUCCCUCCUCUUCUGAUAGGUCCUGUCACUUUUCUCCUCGUCAAGCUUUUGCACAUGCUCCACCUGCAACCGCUGAAAGAUGCAAGAUUGUUCAAGAGGGCUUGUCUCUCUCAACUGAUUUUGUUCCCAUUCCCCCUGAUCAGACAAAGGCCAACAUUGUCUUUAAUGGUUCUGUGUUUGCUCCACCACUCCUCCCCUCCCAUGGACUCAAACCCAUGACUAUCAUUUAAAGAGAGAGAGAGAGAGAGGGUUGUAACUCUGUUUGGAACGUGUUUCCUUUCAUAAUUACUUGUGUAAUCAA